UAUUCAACUCUUAAUUUUUGUUUUGUUGAUUACGUCAUCAUGACAUGGAAAGCAAUGAUGAUUGUGCCGUACGAGUGGAUUCUGGAGAAUGUCGAGGAAGAACCGAUGACGAUUGCGUCGAAAAUGAUUUCGUUUCGUGGAGAAAAAGUUUUCCGUGUGGGUUUGAAGAACUACUCGGUGGAUCCCGUUUUAUUUUUGGUGGCAAUUGAUCUCAGAAAAAUGGGAAUGAAAGUGAAAGACGUAAAAUAUGGAUUGCAAGGUAGUGGACUUGGCCCAGCAACGAUGAAGGACAUGAAAAAAGAGGACAUCGGCGAUGGCGGAAGUCUGCAGUUAUUCACCGUUCCACUAUGCAAAAAGGUUAUUGGAAACUGGACGGCUGUAUUUCGAAUUUGCAUCAAAGGAACUGAUUCCCACUAUUCCUAUCAGCUGUGCGAUCGUCUUGCAAAGUCUCAAUUAUGGGCUACUGCAACAAAUCAUCAGAAUCUGGCAGACGUUGAAUUUGUCGUGAAAGAUAAAACAUUUCCUGCACACAAAUCAAUCCUUGUUGCCCGCAGUCCCGUGUUUGCAGAUAAAUUCGAGAAGAAACAACCGGUAAACGACGGUCCUCAUCAGAUCCGAAUCGAUGGCGUGGAACCUUCCACUAUGGAGAAUUUUCUUCACUUCAUCUACACUGGCGAGCCAUAUGGAAAACUGGCAGAUGGAGAUUUACUCAAGUUAGCUGAUUACUAUCAACUUACUACUCUGUCUGGACUAUGCAAAGUUGCUCUGAAGAAAAUGGACGCCUUCCAAAUAACGAACAUCAUGAAAAAUUUAAACAGCAAUGCCGAUGAGGAAAUGUCUUCUUCCAAAAUCACGCCGGAGAAAGAUACGGAAAUAUUUUUUGAUCGAACUUCGCCUUCAUUUCGAUGUUACUUAAACUUAGAUGAAAACAGAAAAUCUACAAGUGUGAUGCAAUAUCAAAAUGAAGACAUUUGUGUUGCUUACUACAUCGGAGAUGGUGGAGAAUACGAGUUUGCUGACGUUGGCGAACGCCGGUAUGUUAAGCAACCUGUGAUUCAUUUAUCAUGCGUUAAUCAUCGCAACUUCGGGUUGAAAGUGGAGGAUAUUUAUUGCAACAUUUUCGACGAGGAUGAAGAUAAUAAUUGGUUGAAAAUGGAACGUAAACAUUUUCAGAAAAACGCAGAACUCCUUUACCUGACAGCAAAAUCGCCAUUGAAUUUUUAUGUCUAUCCUUCAUUAAUGGUUGACUUCGACAUCAAAAUGACCAGCACCAUCGGUAAUUAUUAUUACGAAAUUAUGGACGACGGAUGGUUGAAGGAUAUAUGGCUGGCAGCAACAAACCAAAUGUUGACGGAUGUUGAAAUAUUUGUCGGAACUGUUAAGGUGAUGGAAGCUCAUCGAGUUAUUUUAUGUGCUCGGAGUCCUGUCCUGAAUGCAUCUUUGAACAACAUUAGCAACACAAACAAAUCAAUCGUCACAUUUGGAGCGGAAUUUGAUGUUGAUACUGUGAAGCAUUUCCUGAAUUUCCUUUACACCGGAUUUUUAAUGACGGGUGCCAGUGGUAAGCAGAUGAGUCAAUUGGCCAUAAUGUACGAAGUGGAGACUUUAAAAAAUGUGUGUCAAGUAUUUAAUGCCAACCCACCAGAUGCAGAACAUGUUGCCGGCUAUCUUCUACAACUAUAAUCGCUGGUUGAUAAUUUUGAUUUAUCUUAAAUGUGAUUUUGCAUUUUCAAUACUUGUUACCUAUGUCGUUAAAAUACAGAAAUUCAUGCAAGUCA